UCGAAGUUCGAACCCCAAAACCAGCAAACAAACGCUACACUUCCAAACAACAUUGUCUUCCGACAACUCGUAGGUCUCCUCUCUAAAUUUAAUCAUAUUAUCCAUACAAAAAUAUCUCAAAAUCCAUUUUUGGUCAAGAAUUCGGAGCCAAUCCAGUUCCGCUUCAGGUAACACUGUGCACGGACUGGACUGGUGGGAGAAUUGCAAGGGAAGGAAUGCCUCAUGCUUCAAAUAUGCUCUUGAAACCUUUCAUUUAUGCUCCAUCCACUUCUACUUGCAGCAAAUCCUAUGGCAGCAAGAAUACUGGUAAAAUCGGUGUCAAUAUUAGGAUAUGCAAAAGGGGAGAGGUGGUAUGCCUGGGUAUGCUAUCUCCGAGAAAGUUCAUGCAGAAGAGGAAGAAACUGGAGGUUUUUAAGGAUGAUGCAGACGAAGCAGACAAGAGGAAUUGGUGGAAACUGAUGCUCGAAAUAGAGGAAGCUAAUUCGGCCACCACAGUGCUCAAGAGCAGAAGGGUUAAGAACCAGGCAUUGCCGAAGGACUUGGUGGUCGGGACUCUGGUUAGAUUUAAGCAGCUCAAGAAGUGGAACCUUGUUAGCGAGAUUUUGGAAUGGCUCCGGACUCAGCAUUGGUGGGAUUUCAAGGAAAUGGACUUUCUGAUGCUUAUCACGGCAUAUGGAAAACUAGGCGAUUUCAACAAAGCUGAAAGAGUUUUAAGUUACAUGAACCGAAAGGGGUACCCACCUCAUGUUGGUUCGUACACUGCUCUUAUGGAAGCAUAUGGAAAGGCUGGCCAACAUAAUAAAGCAGAGGCAAUAUUUCGGAGAAUGCAAUCUUCGGGUCCAGAACCCUCUGCAGUAACUUAUCAAAUAAUCCUUAAAUUGUUUGUUGAGGGGGAUAAAUUCAAAGAAGCUGAAGAAGUCUUUGAAACUCUUCUCAACAAAGAGAGUUCGCCUCUAAAACCCGACCAGAAAAUGUUCCAUAUGAUGAUUUAUAUGUAUAAGAAGACAAGAGCUUACGACAAAGCGCGAAAACUUUUUGCUUUGAUGGCCGAGCGGGGAAUCAAGCGAACUACGGUGACUUAUAAUAGCUUGAUGUCAUUUGAAACAAGCUAUAAGGAAGUUUCCAAUAUUUUCGACCAGAUGGCAAGAGAUGACAUUCAACCUGAUGUGGUGAGCUACGCGCUCCUCGUUAAUGCAUAUGGAAAAGCCAGAAGAGAAGAAGAAGCUUUAGCUGCGUUUGAGGAGAUGCUCGACACCGGUAUCAGGCCGACGAGGAAAGCAUACAAUAUUUUGCUCGAUGCCUUCGCAAUCUCAGGAAUGGUAGAACAAGCCCGGAUCGUCUUCAAGAGCAUGAGACGAGACAGAUGUUUUCCGGAUCUUUGUUCCUACACAACCAUGUUAUCUGCGUACAUCAACGCAGCCGACAUGGAAGGAGCCGAGAAGUUCUUCAAAAGGAUAAAGCAAGACGGGCUUGAACCAAAUGUCGUCACUUAUGGGGCACUCAUCAAAGGCUACGCAAAGGAAAAUAAUCUCGAGAAAAUGAUAGAGAAAUAUGAUGAGAUGCGAGCCAACGAGAUCAAAGCUAACGCGACCAUAUACACUACGAUCAUGGAUGCUUUCGGGAGGAACAAUGAUUUUGGAAGUGCAGUCGUUUGGUUCAAGGAGAUGGCACCUCCCGAUCGGAAAGCCAAGAAUGUGCUCUUGUCCCUAGCAAAGACUGUCGAAGAACAAAUGGAAGCCAAGAAACUUGUGGAAGAAGACAAAGCCCCGUCCGAUCCGGUGGCUCACAACGUCGACGACAAUGACAAUGAUGAUGAUGAUGAUGAUGAUGAUGAUGAUGUAGAUGAAAAUGAGGAUGAUGAGUUAAGUAAUAUUGGUGGACUCUAUGAAGAAGAUCUACAUGCGGUUCAAGGAUCUUCUUCCUAAAUUUGUCUCCAAGAAGACAAUUGAUACCGCAGUUAUUACAAUGUCGUAACGCUACGUACCGUUACACACAUAUAUAUAUAUAUAUAUUUUGACUGGUUAGAGGGUUAAAUUAAUUAGCAUUGCUCUGACAGUUUAUACUUACACAUAAGUUGUCAAUAUAUGACAUGAUUAAAUACAAUGUAUGUUAUAUUAAUUGUCAGUAAGUUUAUAUUUUAAAA